GAAGGCGUCCGGUUCCUGCCUUGCCGCCUUGCCUGCAUGUCAGCUUUGUCAUCCGCUUCGCUCGGAAAAUUCAUACAUAGGCGACCUUCAUUUAUCUGAAUGCAGAGCCGUGCACAUAAGCUAGCUAUAAAAAUUGCAGAACGCUUUUGGCCACCACCGAAACUCCAGCCAUAGCAAUCGUUCGCCCUCCCCGCAGCAGCCGCGCGGCACAGAACGGCGUACACAGCAUCGCAGGUACUUAUCAGCUAUCGAAUAUCCUUGAAGACCACAUUACAUACAUAGGGAGGGCUAGGGGCGUUGUGGGUAAAGCUCGCGUGUUGGCGCCAUCGCAUGAAGGACGAGGGAGAGCAUACACAGUCCCAAGCUAAAAGCCGGGUGACCAACCCGUGUUCAACGCGGGGUUGGCAGCCAAGUAGUGGUGUGGCAACGCCCAUCCAGGAGGCGUGCCCAUGACCAUGGUUCCGUCGUCCCGAAGGUCAUGCGUAACGCUGGUGCUGCUGCUAGUCGCGUUCACCACUACUUCUGCGCAGCAGUCAGCGGAGGGCAGCAACGGACAAGCCUGCAAAAAACGAGGGGAGGCAUCAUUUCCGAGCCCACCAUCCCCGGAGCCACCUAGUCCCCCGCCGCCAUCUCCUAGGCCGCCAAGCCCUGCACCUGGCGUGCCUCCUCCCUCGCCUGCUCCUCCCAGCCCAGCACCUGGCGUGCCUCCUCCCUCGCCUGAGCCUCCCAGCCCCGCACCUGGCGUGCCUCCUCCCUCGCCUGCUCCUCCCAGCCCCGCACCUGGCGUUCCCCCUCCCUCGCCUGCGCCUCCCAGCCCCGCACCUGGCGUGCCUCCUCCCUCGCCUGCUCCUCCCAGCCCAGCACCUGGCGUGCCUCCUCCCUCGCCUGCGCCUCCCAGCCCCGCACCUGGCGUGCCUCCUCCCUCGCCUGCGCCUCCCAGCCCCGCACCUGGCGUGCCUCCUCCCUCGCCUGCUCCUCCCAGCCCCGCACCUGGCGUGCCUCCUCCCUCGCCUGCUCCUCCCAGCCCCGCACCUGGCGUGCCACCUCCCUCGCCUGCUCCUCCCAGCCCAGCACCUGGCGUGCCUCCUCCCUCGCCUGCUCCUCCCAGCCCCGCACCUGGCGUGCCUCCUCCCUCUCCUGCGCCUCCCAGCCCAGCACCUGGCGUGCCUCCUCCCUCGCCUGCGCCUCCCAGCCCCGCACCUGGCGUGCCUCCUCCCUCUCCUGCUCCUCCCAGCCCCGCACCUGGCAUGCCACCUCCCUCGCCUGCUCCUCCCAGCCCAGCACCUGGCGUGCCUCCUCCCUCGCCUGCUCCUCCCAGCCCCGCACCUGGCGUGCCUCCUCCCUCUCCUGCGCCUCCCAGCCCAGCACCUGGCGUUCCCCCUCCCUCGCCUGCGCCUCCCAGCCCCGCACCUGGCGUGCCUCCUCCCUCGCCUGCGCCUCCCAGCCCCGCACCUGGCGUGCCUCCUCCCUCGCCUGCGCCUCCCAGCCCAGCACCUGGCGUGCCUCCUCCCUCGCCUGCGCCUCCCAGCCCCGCACCUGGCGUGCCUCCUCCCUCGCCUGCUCCUCCCAGCCCCGCACCUGGCGUUCCCCCUCCCUCUCCUGCUCCUCCCAGCCCUGCACCUGGAGUGCCACCUCCCUCGCCGGCUCCUCCCAGCCCUGCACCUGGCGUGCCACCUCCCUCGCCGGCUCCUCCCAGCCCCGCACCUGGCGUGCCUCCUCCCUCGCCUGUUCCUCCCAGCCCCGCACCUGGCGUGCCUCCUCCCUCUCCUGCCCCUCCCAGCCCCGCACCUGGCGUGCCUCCUCCCUCGCCUGCUCCUCCCAGCCCUGCACCUGGCGUGCCACCUCCCUCGCCUGCUCCUCCCAGCCCUGCACCUGGCGAUCCCCCUCCCUCGCCUGUUCCUCCCAGCCCUUCCCCGGGCUCGCCUCCUCCCUCUCCUGCUCCUCCCAGCCCCACACCUGGCGUGCCUCCUCCCUCUCCUGCUCCUCCCAGCCCCGCACCUGGCAUGCCACCUCCCUCGCCUGUUCCUCCCAGCCCCGCACCUGGCGUGCCACCUCCUUCGCCUGCUCCUCCCAGCCCCGCACCUGGCGUGCCUCCUCCCUCUCCUGCUCCUCCCAGCCCUGCACCUGGCGUGCCACCUCCCUCGCCUGUUCCUCCCAGCCCUGCUCCGGAGUCUCCGCCUCCGUCGCCAGUGCCGCCCAGCCCCUCCCCAGAAUCUCCUCCUCCUUCACCUGUUCCUCCCAGCCCCGCACCUGGCGUGCCACCUCCCUCGCCGGCUCCUCCCAGCCCCGCACCUGGCGUGCCUCCUCCUUCGCCUGGUCCUCCUAGCCCCGCACCUGGCGUGCCUCCUCCCUCGCCGGCUCCUCCCAGCCCCUCUCCGGGCUCUCCUCCUCCCUCGCCUGUUCCUCCCAGCCCCACACCUGGCGCGCCUCCUCCCUCGCCUGCUCCUCCCAGCCCCGCCCCGGCCUCUCCUCCUCCCUCUCCAGCUCCUCCUAGCCCCUCCCCGGGCUCUCCUCCUCCCUCUCCUGCCCCGCCCAGCCCCUCCCCGGGCUCUCCUCCUCCUUCUCCUGCCCCUCCUAGCCCCUCCCCAGGCUCUCCUCCUCCCUCACCUGCCCCUCCUAGCCCCUCCCCAGGCUCGCCUCCUCCAUCUCCUGCUCCUCCCAGCCCCUUCCCGGGCUCUCCUCCGCCCUCUCCAGCUCCUCCCUCUCCAGCACCUCCGUCUCCGGCUCCUCCCAGCCCUGCCCCAGGCUCUCCUCCUCCCUCUCCGGCUCCUCCCUCUCCGGCUCCUCCCAGCCCCUCCCCUGGCUCUCCUCCUCCCUCUCCUGCCCCGCCCAGCCCCACACCGCGGUCACCUCCUCCCUCUCCUGCCCCGCCCAGCCCCUCCCCGGGCUCUCCGCCUCCCUCUCCGGCGCCUCCCAGCCCCUCCCCGGGCUCUCCUCCUCCUUCUCCUGCCCCUCCUAGCCCCUCCCCAGGCUCUCCUCCUCCCUCACCUGCCCCGCCUAGCCCCUCCCCGGGCUCGCCUCCUCCAUCUCCUGCUCCUCCCAGCCCCUCCCCGGGCUCUCCUCCGCCCUCUCCAGCUCCUCCCUCUCCAGCACCUCCGUCUCCGGCUCCUCCCAGCCCCGCCCCAGGCUCUCCUCCUCCCUCUCCGGCUCCUCCCUCUCCUGCUCCUCCCUCGCCGGCUCCUCCCAGCCCCUCCCCUGGCUCUCCUCCCCCCUCUCCUGCCCCGCCCAGCCCCGCACCGCGGUCACCUCCUCCCUCUCCUGCCCCGCCCAGCCCCUCCCCGGGCUCGCCUCCUCCCUCUCCUGCCCCUCCUAGCCCCUCCCCGGGCUCGCCUCCUCCCUCGCCUGCCCCUCCUAGCCCCGCACCUCGCUCGCCUCCGCCCUCUCCUGCUCCUCCUAGCCCCAGGCCUCCUUCACCCCGGCCACCGGUGCCGACACCUCCUUCGCCCAUCCCGCCCUCACCGGCACCACCAGCUCCUGGGCUGAACCUUUUGGCCUCCGAAGAGUACCAAUACAACUGUUUGUCGAUAGCGCUCCCGGUGGCAUCGCCCAGCUUCGUUGCGAACAGCAUCUACACUGAGAACUGCGCUACUGUUCCGGAGGACAAGUACAUGCAGCUGCAGCCGGUCGGCGUGGACAACCUUUACGUGCUACGGCAGGACAGCGACACGAGCCGAUGCAUGGCGGCGACCAACACCACGCCAACCACCUUCACGCCCCAGGUGCUCCCCUGUGACCCCGCCUCCGAUGGCCAGAAGUUCUUCAUCAACCGUACGACCGGAGGGGCCUGGACGCUGAGCCCCCGUGCACGGGGCUCCUAUGUGCUGGCGGCUGCAGAUUACAGCCGCGCCAGCAAUACUACGUUGUCGGCCCUAGACACGUUCACUUCCAUAGGCUUUCGUUGGGCCUUCAAGCUGCCGUUCACGCCAACCAACUCUCCAGUGUGCGCGCGACCCGAGGCGUGGUGCAGCAGUACGUCUGCAACCAUGUACGGCCCCAUCGACUGCGAUGGCGACGGCAUUUUGGACUGGGCCUGCCGGCGGCUGCGUACGGACGGCACCGAGCAGCGCUGGGCGUUGCGGUCUGCAGAGGACUGUAACUUCCAGGGCAUUCUCGCCUCAGGUGCCGCUUUCUUGAAUGGCGGAAGUGGUGUCGCGGACAGCGUAUGCCCGGCCGCGUUCUCCACCACGCCGCCGCAACCGCCGUCCCCGCGGCCUCCGUCUCCGCGACCUCCGUCCCCCGCACCUCCCUCGCCCAAGCCGCCCUCGCCAUCCCCGCCCUCACCACGGCCGCCCGCGCCCAAGCCGCCCUCACCGGCGCCGCCAUCUCCAGUCCCGCCAAGCCCUGCGCCUCCCUCGCCGGUGCCCCCCGCGCCCCCCGCGCCCCUGCCACCCUCGCCGGCACCCCCAACGCCCCAGCCUCCCUCGCCGCAGCCACCUUCCCCCGUGCCGCCUUCGCCCUCGCCGCCCUCACCAGCGGCAUCUCCGCCAUCGCCUCCAACAGGCUUUCAAGUCAUCGGCAUUCCCGCAAACAACAAAUGUGUGCGCUUCGGCACCACAGCUUUCCAGGCAGACUGCUCCUUCAUCUUCGCGACUAUGUACGCGCUGCUGCAGCCCGUGGGCGCCAACAACCUCCACGUCAUUCGCACCAAUGUGGACACAACCCAGUGCGUCACUGCGGUGGAGGUCGCGACGGACGUUUUCAGGCCGCAGAUUCAGGCCUGUGUGGCGGGAGCCGACAACCAGCAGUUCUUCGUGAACCAGACGCAGAACGGGUUGUGGACUCUGAGCCCCAAGAUCCGCAAGACGCGUUGUUGGCAGGGGUCAACCAUCAACAGUGACAUUUACUUGGACGACUGCACGGGCACAAACGCCGCCGAGCAGAUUGGGCUGACGCUGCCCUUCGUGCCGCCUCAGGCCCGGGUGUGCUCGCUGCCGGCGCGGUGGUGCGCACUGGCCUCGCAACAACUCAUCGGACCCCUGGAUUGCAACGGAGAUGGCGUGCUGGACUGGGCUUGUGUGUCGUACAGCACGGGUCAGCGCUGGCUGCUGCAGUCCACAGCGGACCCCACCACCACCUGCAGCGCCACCUCAGCCACCGCCCUGGGCGCCGCUACCAUUAACGACUUCUCCACGCCCACCGGAGGCACCGGUCUGCCCGUGUCAGCCUGCCCCGUGGCCUUCAACUCCCCGCCGCCCUCACCACCUUUACCGCCCUCGCCAGCGCCCAAGCCCUUCCCGCCACCCAGCCCAGCGCCACCCAAGCCGCCGUCGCCUGCUCCUCCCUCGCCCUUCGACGGCUACAGUCCGGUGUGUUAUGAUAACAUGGACGCGGUCGGGCUGGAGAUGGCAAACCUGACCGCGUCAUCCGAGUCCACGUGCCGCGAGCUGUGCAAGCAGGACUCGCGCUGCGAAUACUACGUCUACUGCGCAACCACAAGCCGUUGCAGGCUUCGUCAGGACAUUGCGUCGCCCGGCGGCAGUGCCUCGGUCAUACCUGCCGGCAUGUAUUUCAAUGGAUACAUAUCGUAUGGCGACAUAUACACCCGGGGAUGUCGCACGUGCCUGCUGCGCACCACGAACUUUGGAUUCUCAUGCUCACUUGAAAGCACGGUCUGGAGCGAUGCUACCAACUCCUCCGGCCGGGUUCUGUCUAGAGUGCCCGGCGUGUCCACCUACGCGGCCUGCCUGGCGCUAUGUGACGAAAACCCCGCCUGCAUGUUCGCGGUGUACGAUGCGCCGCCCGCCGCCGGCACCACGUGCACACUGGCUACUGCCUGGCUGGACGGGAACGCCCGAUACGGCGGCAGCGACCCCAGUAUCUCCUGCUUCAAGGCGAACUAUGGCCCCGCGCCGCCCCGGCCGCCGCCACCGUCUCCCCCCGUGCCUCCCUCGCCUAGUCCGAGGCCGCCGUCGCCACAGCCGCCGAGUCCUAGGCCACCGUCGCCGUCGCCACCACUGCCACCGCGUCCGCCAUCGCCGCCGCCGCCUCCUGUUGGCAACGCCUGCCUGCAAGACGCCGACCUCCGCGGCUACCAACUGGACUUCGCCAUCAGGACUGCGGACACCUGCAGGACGGCAUGCAUUGCCAAUGCGGGCUGCACGUACUACGUCACAAAACCGGAUGGCUACUGCUCUCUCCGCUACCGCUUCCUCGAGCCCUCCGGCAGCCCUGAGGCGGGCACGGUGGCGGUGGGAAACACGCAGCCUUUCCAAACCAAUGUCACUUCCUGCUUCGUUCGUAGCACUGUUGGUCGCUACCUGUGCUCCAUUCCCGGCACCAGCAACGCCGUGCCCCUGAACACGGUCACGUCCCUCACGGGCUACACGUACAACAAUUGUGUCACCGUCUGCGAAGGUGAUCCGCAGGGAUGCAGGGCCUUCACGUGGGAUGAGCAGGUGGUCGGCAGCGGCCUGGGCGAGUGCUCACCGGCGCGGUCGUGGGACUACUCAAGUCUGUACUUGUCGGUGGCGUCAGGCGGCGAUGACACCACAUGCGUCAAGGUUUACAACUAACGCCAAGCGAUCGGUGGCAGCAACAAAAACAGUUGCAGCCGCAGGCGCUGCAGCCGCUGCCGCCGCCGCUGCUGCAGCCGCAACCGCAGCUGUCGCAAGCGCAGACGCAGAUUGCGGUCAAGCUGCUGAGCGAGGGCAGCCGCAUGCGUGUUUCAAGUUUAACACGUUGGAGUGGCAUUGGAGUGCCACCUAUCUAUGAUCAUGUCCAGCGCGCUUCCUCAAGACCUCCAUACAUAGAUCACGUACUAAUGGUAUAAGAUUUUAUGUGGGCCGCGAGCUGCCGAUGCAGUAUGCAACUAUUCCUAUGAUUGCGAGUGUUACACGAGAGGACAACCCGAGCGCUCAAGCACGCAGGGGCCAUCGAAUGCUACCUGGACUUACAUAAGCCAGGGAGUCCCGCCCCUGACCGCAUCAGUGGUGGCGGAAAGUAAUGCGGUAACUUAUCAAACGUGUCAUUUUAGGCUUCUCUUGACUGAAAUGGGCUUUGAUGGAGGUGGCAGCUGUAGGCAAGGGGAGGCGCGGCCCUAGAUGGCGUUUAUCGUGCUCAAGUGUGCGUGAAGCAGUAGGUUCGUGCCCCGGUGUGCAUAAACUCUUGACCUUUUUGUAGUCGCAGGCUGGCCCCCAGUUUGGUCAUUAUUUGUGAGUUACUCAGUGGCUGUCAGUCCUGUGAGGGACUAGUCUUUCUUUCCCACCCGCCUGUCUUUGGCUGGGUUUUCUUUUGGAAUAGGUUUUCUGCUUGGCGGCAAACGGGAAGCUGCCGGGCAGACCCGCAGCCGCAGCCAGCAGGUGGAGGGCUGCGGCGGGGCCAAGGCGCGAGCGGCGCGCAAUAGGUCAGCUAGAUAGGCCCAGUUUCUCCCCCUACUUCAUUUGCCGACUCCCGGGCUGGUACCACUUUGACAGUGUGUGACGAUGAGCACUGCGCGAGUUACGGGGCAACGGACGCUCGCAGUGAUGGUUAGCUGAUAGAGGUUACAUGUGGGACGACAGCCGUGGACUAGCCAGGGCCCCAAAAACGUACGAGACACGCACGCUCACCCGAGGAGAGAUCCCCGAAUGACCCCCAUGCUCCUCGCCUCCGGAGAGGGGAGGAACCCCAGGCCCGGCUCACCGCAAACGCUAGCGCUGCUCACCUAAGCCGUGGGUCGGCGUCAUAAGACUACCUCUUGCGAGUCCCUAAGCUGACAAGCUAGGGUGAGGCCGGUGGCGAGUCCGCUGUUGGCCCUACCAAGGUAACCCCUC